UCUGCAACUGCAAUGGGAUGUCCAGGCAGUGUGUCUUCGACUGGAACCUGCUGAGGGAGACGGGGAACGGGUACCGCUGCGUCGGCUGCCGGGGCAACACGGAGGGAGUGCACUGCGAGCGCUGCAGGGAGGGAUUCUUCCGACGGCGAGGGGAGGAGUGCUGCCUGCCCUGCCACUGCCACCCCUGGGGCUCCCUCAGUGCACAGUGUGACAGCGACGGCCGGUGCAGCUGCAAGCCUGGUGUGAUGGGCAGGAGGUGUGACCAGUGCCAGCCAGGCUUUGAGCCCCUGACCGAGGCCGGGUGCCAGAGGAGUGGGCAGAGCCUGCAGUGUGAGUGUGACCCGGCGGGCAGCACUGGGGACUGCCACUCCGGCCGCUGUGUCUGCAAGGCGAGCGCUGACGGAGAGCGGUGCCACAGGUGCAAGAGAAACUUCUAUAACCUGGAUGCCAGAAACCCCAUGGGAUGCUCCCCCUGCUUCUGCUACGGGCACUCAGCUACGUGUGUCAGCGCAGACAACCACAGUGUCUACAACAUCACCUCCACCUUCCAGCAAGGUGCUGAAGGCUGGCGAGGUGUCUAUGAGAGUGGCUCCCCAGCCCAGCUCCAGUGGUCCCCACGCCACCGGGAUGUCUUCAUAGCGGCGAGGACGUCGGAGCCGAUAUACUUCAUGGCACCUGGGAAAUUUCUUGGGAACCAGCAGCUGAGCUAUGGCCAGACACUCUCCUUCGAUUACCGCCUGGACCGAGGGGGACUGCAGCCAUCUCCACAUGAUGUGGUCCUGGAAGGAGGUGGCCUGAGAGUCACUGCUCCCUUCUUGCCCCAGGGGAAGGUCCUGCCCUGUGGUGUGAGCCACACGUACACCUUCAGGUUGGAUGAGCACCCAAGCAACAAGUGGAGCCCGAGGCUGAACCACUUUGAAUUUCGCAGGCUGCUGGGAAACCUGACAGCCCUCUGGAUCAGAGCCACCUUCGGGGAGUACAGCACUGGCUACAUCGACAAUGUCACCCUGGUGUCAGCACAGCCUGUCCCAGGGGUCCCUGCUCCUUGGGUGGAGCACUGUGAGUGCCCAGCGGCGUACGGGGGGCAGUUCUGCGAGAGAUGUGCCCAUGGAUACCGCAGAGACAGCCCUGGUCAGGGCCUCUUCAGCAUCUGUGUGCCCUGCAGCUGCCAGGGGGGAGGAAUUUGUGAUCCUGACACUGGUGAAUGCUACUCAGGAGAUGAAAAUGUGGGCAAUAUUGUGAGCUGCCCCGUCGGCUUUUACCGCGACCCUCAGCAGCCACAGAGCUGCAGGGCCUGUCCCUGUGGCCCUGGCCAGGGCUGCUCUGCAGGGCCAGGUGGUCAGGUCAUCUGUGACCACUGCCCUCCUGGAGCUGCUG